CAAACAAACUGCACUGGAUUCAAGAAUCAAAAGCGAAAAAACAACAUGAAUUCCGAAUCAACGAAAAGAAAGAAAGAAGUAAUCGUGAAGUGGAAAAUCAAAAGCGUUUUAUAUUGUUUUAAUUUCCUGCUUUAUUAUUUUCCAGAUUUAAAGAGAAAUUAUUUCAUCUCAGAUAAGAUUCUUAAUGAUAUAACACGGAUUCAGUGAUGCUUAGUAAUCAUUUGGAUUUUAGUACUACUUUCUAAGGCAAGAUUUUUUCAUACUACAAUUCCCAUUAAUUUGGAUAUAAUUUUUUUGAUUUUCUUUUCUUCUAAUAAAAUUAAACAGUAGCGCUGGAGUUUUACUUUUUUUGAGCUAUUGAUUUAGUUCGUGAUCUUAUUGGAUAGGAGCCAGUUAACACAAAAAGAAGUUUUUUUUUUUCCGUGAUUAUUUCUUUUAUAAAAAAGAUAUAUUUUUAGGGUUUCCAUUCUGUUCCACAAUUCGUUGUGAAGCUGUUUUUGGUUAUUCGGAAGCCACAAAGUCGAUCGUUUAUUCGGAUUUGCAUCUUCGGAGUUGGUUCGAGAGGCUGAUUUUUGUGUGGGUUUCGCUGCAUCCGGGAGUAAUUUGCUGUAUCCCGUGUUCAUUGUUUCGUCGCUGGUGAGUUUGAAGUUCUAGGUUUGGUUUUGGGGCACUUGGGAUGCUCCUCUCAUUGGACUAGGUAAUCUCGAUUUACUAUUCUUUGCUCGGCUUUGAAUUUGGUUUAGUCUGUUUGUUGUUUUAACUGUCUCUGAGGAAAAAUUUUCUGAUUGCUCGAGGAGAUUGGGUGAAUUUGUUGUUGAUUUUUGUUUGAAAAAGGAGCAUUCUUUGUUGUUGUUCGUAGCUGUUUUUGCAAAAUGUAUUGAAAAUUUUCAUCUUUCUGUUAAUUGGUAGGAAAGAUGUGCUGAGCAGAUUAGUUUUUGAGUAGGAGGAGUAAGAGGCGGAAAGAAACUGGGCUUUGUUGCUUCUUACUUGAUUUACUGUAGGAACAAGUUGUGGCCACAUGUUUCACGUUCAAGGAGCUUCAAAAUACUCUUGCAAUCUGCUUGCCGUCUUGUCUGGUCGAAGAACUACUGAAGCGGAGUCGAAGCAAGAUGCUUUUAAUAAUGGAAAGGGAUACCCUUUUCCUGAUCUUGUAUCCUCCGGGCGCUUGGAGGUUCAAGUUUUGAACAAUCCGAGUGCAGACGAGUUUCGGAAGGCUGUGGAUUCAUGGCAACCAAAUAUUUUGUAUCUGCAAGGAGAACAACUUGCUAAUGGUGAAGUUGGUUCACUUGAAUGGAGGGGUGUUGACUUGUCCUCAGCAGAAGCCAUUAGUGGGCUCUUUGGUUCCACAUUGCCGACAACUGUUUAUUUAGAGAUCCCAAAUGGAGAAAAGUUGGCCGAGGCUCUUUAUUCUAAGGGUAUUCCUUACAUUAUGUAUUGGGAGCACAGAAUUUCAUGCUUUGCUGCAUGCCAUUUUCGUCAUGCAUUAUUCUCAGUGGUUCAAAGCUCAUCUUGUCAUACUUGGGAUGCUUUCGACCUUGCUCGUGCUUCCUUCCGGCUUUAUUGUAUCCGAAACAACCUUGCCCUUCCCGAUAAUAAUAUCCAGAAAGUGAACGGUAAUUUCGGUCCUCAACUUCUUGGAGAGCCUCCAAAAAUUAGCUUGCCUCCACCUGAUGCAGCUGCUGGUGAUGGUGAUGGUGACGGUGAUGGUGAUGGUGAUGGUGAAGACGAAGAAAAUUCUUCGGGUUCUCUCCCUGCAAUAAAAAUUUAUGAUGAUGAUGUCAUCCUGAGGUUUCUUAUCUGCGGAUCUGCACAUUCUAUGGAUGCCAGCAUCCUGGGACCCUUGGAGGAAGGUCUGAAUGCAUUGUUGAAUAUUGAAAUGCGGGGAAGCAAAAUUCAGAACCGAGUUAGUGCGCUUCCGCCUCCACUUCAGGCAGGGUUGUUUUCACGUGGAGUUGUGACUAUGCGAUGUGAUAUUUCUACCAGUACUUCUGCUCAUAUCUCACUUCUUGUAUCUGGUAGUGCAGAAACUUGCUUUGAUGAUCAGCUAUUGGAGAAUCAUAUAAAGAGUGAAGUCAUUGAAAAUAAUCAGUUGGUUCAGGCACUACCAACUUCUGAGGAAAAUAAGCAGGCUUUAUCUGAACCUCGGAGAUCCAUUUCAAUAGCUUGUGGUGCUCCUGUAUUUGAAGCUUGUAUGAAGGUUCCAUCAUGGGCAUCUCAGGUAUUGAGGCAAUUGGCUCCAGAGGUGUCGUACCGGAGUUUAGUUGUUCUGGGUGUCGCCAGCAUACAAGGAUUAGCCGUAGCAUCAUUUGAGAAGGAUGAUGCCGAGCGGCUCCUCUUUUUCAGUUCAAGGCAAGGGAAAGAUGCUUCUUCAAACAAUCUUAAUAUUAAGCUUCCAACCUGGUUAAGGUCACCGCCUGCUAGUAGGAAGAGAGUGGAGAUGUCCCAAGCCCCUAACCUUAGUAGCUCCAGCAACGGUUUGGUGGCAGGCAUUGGAGCAGUUGUUAAAAAGGAAGAGACUGAGGAUAAAAUAUCUCUAUCAAGAAAUGGGGUUUUCGUUCCUGCGGGAUCCGCUAGACAAAAACUUAAAGUUGCGGCUUUGAGACCCAUUCCUCAUGUUCGCCAACAAAAAAUGCUUCCGUUUUCUGGAUUUUCGGAAGUGGAUGGACUUGAAGGCGGCACUGUGGUAAAGCCUAGUUUGCCUCCCGUUGCCCCCAUAAAGCAUAGUAAUGCUGGAAUAACUCCUCUUUCCAACCGCAAAUCAGUGUCAAGUUCAUAUCAAGCUAAGCAGAUUAUAUCAUUAAAUCCUCUUCCUCUGAAGAAACAUGGUUGUGGUAGAAGUCCUAUACAUGUGUGUUCGGAGGAGGAGUUUCUCAAAGAUGUGAUGCAAUUUCUCAUACUUCGAGGACAUACUCGUCUCAUACCUCAAGGUGGGUUAGCUGAGUUUCCGGAUGCCAUACUCAAUGCAAAGCGCCUUGAUCUCUUUAACUUGUAUAGGGAGGUGGUUUCAAGGGGUGGCUUUCAUGUUGGCAAUGGCAUUAACUGGAAGGGGCAAGUUUUCUCAAAGAUGCGCAACCACACUGUAACGAACAGGAUGACAGGUGUCGGAAACACACUCAAAAGACACUAUGAAACUUACCUCUUGGAGUAUGAAUUGGCUCAUGACGAUGUGGAUGGAGAGUGCUGCUUGUUGUGCCACAGUAGUGCUGCCGGGGAUUGGGUUAAUUGCGGUGUAUGUGGCGAGUGGGCUCAUUUUGGAUGUGAUAGAAGACAGGGACUUGGUGCCUUCAAGGUUAUCUACCAAAUCUGUGUAGCUUUUCAUUGUAAAUCUGUCUAGAUAAUUGUCCCGAACAAUUUGUGGUCUUGACAUCUGUGUGUUAACUUUGCAGGACUAUGCAAAAACAGAUGGACUAGAAUACAUAUGUCCACAAUGCAGUGUGUCAACUUUCAAGAAGAAGAUUCAAAAAACUGCAAACGGAUUUUCAUAGGGGUGUGUACCACAUUACAUACUGUUAUUGUCAGCUUCUUCCUCUCUCUCUCUCUCUCUCUCUCCCCCCUUUUUCGCCUUUUGUUCUCAUAUAUCCAUCAAAGAUUCUCCUCAAUUGGACAUGGGGAGAGUUGCUGAUUUGUAGCAUUAGGUCUGUGUUUAUAUAAUCAAAGUUAGUAGUUUGGCAGAGUAGUUGUUUGGAUUAUGAGGAACAAGCAUUGUUACUAAUUAGGUAAGAAAUUGAGAAUACUGGAGAGAGGGAGUGGCAGAGAGGCAUUAAUAGCACCCAUCACCAUGGGGAGGAACAGUGGGAAUCGGGCAAUAGGCAGCGGCGAUCUUAUAUAAGAGAACACCGAGAUGAUGAUGGUUGUUGGGUGAAUAGAGCUAUUGUUGUGGUUCCGGUCAGGUCCUUGUAACUUAAUGUGUAUUUCUUUUUUCGUGGUAGAAUUCAGAAUCUAUUUGCCAAAGUUCUUGGUUGUAUCUUUAAAUGGAAAAUUUUCCCCCUAGAAUGAGUUGCAAUUUUCCCCUGGCAUGCAACAGAAGUUACAAAUCAGUUGGUUUGAUCAGCCUAGCUGUAUAUUGCUCUUUAUCAACGAUUUGGACAUAAGGAGGUACGCCGAGAACUUGAAUAGUUACAUAUCUAAGACCUUUGACAAAAGUAGAAAUGUUGCAAGUUCCAUAUAGUUUACAUCUGAAAAAUACAACUUUAUUUAACAUUUUCUUGAAUAGCCACUAUGAUCUGUUGCAUCGGCGUUACCUGUGAUUUUUGUCAAUGAUAUAUUGCCAAUUAUUGUGUAAUUUCACUGCGUGGUCCUCAUUCUGAAUUGAAAGUCCAGUGGGCUUUUUUUUCCCAUUCC